UGAGGAACAGUGAAACCAUGAUCGCCAUGAUCCAACAGUGAUUGCCGUGUUUGCAGUGGUGUGAAUAUAAUAUAAAGUGAAUACAUCGAUUUAGAACGCGAAUAAAAAUGUCGACAAAAAAAAAUAAGAAAGCAGGUAAUUCGAAGGCUGCUAAAAAAGUCCAUGUCGAAAAAGAAUAUACUUACGACAUUAUUUUGUUUGUUGAACAAGACAAUGAGUUCAGUAAAAGCAAAAAGUCGAUUGAUAUUGUUCCUGGAAUUUGGGUUAAAUUUAAUAAAGCUAGAAAUUGUUUAGUAACUCGAUUUCUUCCACCUCCAUAUACUGAGGUUAAUCUUCGCGACUUUCAUAAAAUGGUUAAAAAUUGCUCACAACCGUUAGAAAUUUGGCCAGAAUAUGCUGUAGAAUUAAGAGGAGGUGCUGAUGUAUACUCAGAAGCAUUAAAAAGAAUGGAAUUUUUAAAAACCACUAAAGAAUACGCAUACACCACAGACAUAGAAAAAACUGCAGAAACGAUAGCAGAUGAAUUAACAAAGAAAAAAAUGAAAUAUAAGAGAAGUAAAACUGAUUCUGAUACUCAGGAAAAAUUACUAAGAUCAGCACCUACAUUAAAUAAUCAGAAGGAACUUUUGAGUAAAGACAUAAAUGAAAAUCAAUCGUCGCUUCAUUUGUCAAAAGAAUUAAAUGUUGAUGAUAGUUUAAAUUUUCAGGACAUGUCGAUAUCGAUUGAACAUAGUGUAUCUAAUGAUUCUCUAAUGUCAGUUGAUGAAAGAGAUAGUCUUUUAGAGAAAAACAUACAUUCAACGUUACAAAAUGACGAAAAUGAAGAUAAAUUAGGUUCAAAUAAUACUCAAAAAAAAAAUGAUGAUGCUUUUGCAAAGAAAAGUACUGUAAAUUUGAACGCGUUCGCUUUUAAUCCGGAGACAACCGAAGAGGAACGGGAUAAUCCUAUAUUACUUUUUGAACGAAUUGUAAAAGCCAUUCAUUUAUUGUACCUUGAACAAAACGAGCUCAAAAGGCUGAUUAUUGACUUAACUCCUGUAAAUGCUAACCAACCUUUACAAAAAUCAUUACCCGAACUAUUGGAGGAAAAAUAUUGUUUGUAUAUACCAGUCAAAACUAUGGAAGAAUUUGAGAAAUUAAACCAGUUGAUUCUUCUCGAGAAACCAUUUCGGAAAGAAUUUAAGUCUUCAGUGUUAGUUUUACUGAACAAAGAUAAUGUUUUGUCGAGAAGUUUGAGAAAUGUUUUAAAACAAUUCAUCUCCCGAGAUGUAAUCAUCAAUUACACAGCUCAAAAACAAGUAGAAAAUAAAGCCAUAUUCAAAAGUACAGAAUUUUGCAAAGUGUUAAAAGCUGUUUUGUUUGCGAAAUAUAAUUCCGCGACAAACAUACAAAUUGAUGAGCAAAAAUUUUACAAGGAGCUUGGAAGUACGAUUUCCAACGCAGUGGAUUGGGACGGAUUCCGUGCUUUCAGGAAACAAAAAAAAAGUGUUGGUAACACUUAGAAAGAGGAGUAACAUUCAGAAUUUACGUAUCUUACCGUUUCGUUUGAAUAUUUAUAAAUUUUAAAUUAAAAUAUGUUAAAUAUUUUAUCAUUUAAAUAUUUAAAAAACUUUUGUUAAUAUUGUUCUAACAAAUGUUGUAUUAAAAUUAUCAAGAAUAUGUUUAUUUUUAAAGAAUUUUAAAUUGUAAUAAAAUUAAUACCAAAUGUACUAAA